AUGACGGUGAUGUUGAGGCUCAAGUACAACUUUGAAAACGUCUACUCGUCGACUGAUGCCGGUUAUUGUGGCGUAUUGGCUUUGAUCGUUAUUUGGGGAAUUAUGUGCAGGUUAUCGCUGAAAGACCGGACCGGUUUCAUCGCCAAAUGUCGCCUUCUCAGCAGCAUCUUCAUGUUGUCCGUGUCAGCGGUGUUGUUAGCUUGGGCUUUCUGUUGCUGCUCCUACGUGUUUUCGUUGCUCCCCUGUUGCUCACGAAUUGUCAUGCGCGAGAGUAUAACCGAUUUCAAGAUGUAA